AUGGACCGAACCAGUUCACGUGAUUCAAAUUCACCAACGACCAACAGAGUACCAGAAAAACCACCGUUUAAGCUUUGUUUUUCUAAGGAUCAGCUGCCCGGGAAAUCGAGCGUUCGUACUUCUACAAUCAACGGUGACUCGGUCGCCCCAAAAUUCUAUUCAAGAGAAUACGGGGACGCAAACGAUCCAAAUACAUGCGACGUGCUCGAAGAAAUCACGAGUCGGAAAAGAAGAAGCCCCAAGGAUGCUUAUCAUUGCCGACUGCUGACCAGUCAUGCGUAUGGAUGGUGGUACGAACAGGGGAUACAACCAAACCAAUCUCGAUUCAACUUUCACAAAAAAACUUCGGACUUGGUGAAUUUUCAGAUGAAGGUGUACGCCGAGGAUCGAAGACUUGGAGAUCCGAAACAUUAA